AUGGAAGGGCGCAACCGUCGAUCUCCAACGAGCCCGAAGGACGCCAUGUUCAAGGCGCUGACCGUCCUCAAGCACUUCUCGUCAUGGGAAAAGCACGCUGCGGACUAUGGCUUCGAGGCACCAACGUUUGAGAAGCUGAUCAUGCGCCGCUUUGCCCACUUUCUAUACGCUCUCUAUGCUGUCGACGUCAAGUUUCAACCUUCGAACCUUCCUGCCGGUCGCUUUGCCGAACAGAAGCACUACUUUAGUGGAAAACAUCACUUGUACGGCUACAAGAUCGAAACCGCUGUGUCGCCAGAUGGCCGAUGUGUUGCCAUGUCUACUGCCGACGCUGGAUCUGUGCACGACCUUACCAUUAUGAACUCUCGCCACCAUUCCCUUCUGCCGGACCAUGGAGAGCAGGAUGCCCAGCAUCGUGGCUCGUGGGCUUGCCUUGUUGACAUGGGCUACAAUGGAAUCAGCAACUCAUUGCGUAGCAUCCACCCGAAGCGUCGUCCCGCCCAUGGAUCUCUUGAUGCCAGCGACUUGGAACGAUAUGCAAACGUCUCCUCGGAUCGGGUGAUCGUGGAAAACUUCUUCAUCCCAGUGUGCUCCCUCUGGCGCGUGUCCUGCGCCACGUAA